AUGGCCAGCAAAUGCUUUGUGUCUGGAUGCUCAAGUAAGCCAUAUGGCAAGUGCGAUUGCAGCGAGAAUUAUACCAUAUUUUGCCAACUCCAUGCCGCUCAACAUAUGGAAAUGUUAGUUGGAGAUAAAAGGCAUCAAUGCUUAAGAUUAUAUUAUACGCCUGCUGCUGAAACUAAAAUAUUGAUUAAGAAAAAAAUUGCUGAACUAAGGCAAGGCCUACAGAAAUAUAGGAAAAACGUUAUUUCAGACGCAAAAGAAAUUAUUGGAGCUGUGAAAAAUAAUUUAGAAAAGGCCCUACAAAGCUUGGACAAAUUAGAAGAAAAAUUUUUAAGAAUUGCUUUGAUGACUGAAUUUAAUGAAAUACUUGAUUUGAGCAAAGAAUUUGACCCUGAAAGCGUUUUGAAAAUGGAGCCCUUUGAUGCUGAAUUUAAAACUGAAGAUUGGUAUUUCCCAGAUUUUAUAUCAAAAGCAGAGUCUCUAGUUUUGAAUAUUAGUACCUGCUUUAAUACCAACAUAAAUCCUUUUCAGCGCCCAAAGCAUGAUAUUAAUUCGAUACAAGAUGAUAAAUAUAUAUUUUUUAAAGGAAAUAAUAAAGAGUUAUCGGAAAUAAAUUUAAAAACAUUUCAAGAAACUAAAUUCAACCUUGACCUUAUGGAAAAUAUUAACUAUCAAAUUUCAAGUUGCAUCUUACCAGAUAAAAGUGUUUUUUAUUACUCAAACCCUAUUUCAUCAACAUCUACAUACACAUUUAUCAUAGAUAAAAAUAAGAAUAUCAAACAAGUUGCAAAUUCAAAGCGGAGUCCUUAUUUAUACCCAAUUUAUUUUGAUGGAUUUGUGUAUGCAUUAGGAGGACGAAAUAAUUUGGCACAAAGAUUUUGCCUUAAAUCUAACACAUGAGAAGACUGUGCUCCUCUUCCAGCUGGUCUCAAUUUUGAUCAAACUGCAGCAGUUUUGUUUAAUGAAGAAAUACUACUCACAGGAAAUCAUCUUACCAAGAUGAUAAAAUACAGCCCUAGAAAUAACAAUUAUAGUGAUAUUAUUGGAUUAAAUUUAACUUCAGGUAGCAGAAAAAUACUGUUUAAGGGAGGCAAAAAAGUGUUUAUUCUACAAACAAGUGGAAAUAUAUUUGAAAGUGAAGAGAACAAUAUCAAUAAAUGAAACUCGAUAGGUAGUAAUAGCAUUACAUCAGGUUCUUAUCCUUCAACUUAUGUAAUAGAAUAUAAUGAAUGCAUAUAUAUGAUCCUCCUGCAAAAUCAGCUCUGGAAAUUUAAUCUUUCAACAAAGCAAUUAAUACUAGUUAACACUUAUAAUUAA